AGCAUUGAGUCCACAAGGAGCCUGCAGUGCGGGACCCUGGGAGGACGUGGGCACAGCCUGCAGGGCCCGUGCUGUGUGGUCGUUGCGUUUCUUGUUGGCGCAGCUUCCUAAUAUUCCCCUGAAGUGUGGUUCUGCUUGUUUACCACGUCUUUUUGGGGAAUAGAUGUUGUAAAAGAUUUUAGUCUGUAGGCUUGGAAUGAUCUGUAGUUUUCUAGUUUUUUUUUUUUGGAGAUGGAGUUUUGCUCUGUCGCCCAGGCUGGGGUAUAGUGGCGCAAUCUCAGCUCACUGCAACCCCCCGCCUCCUGGGUUCAAGCAAUUCUCCUGCCUCAGCCUCCUGAGUAGCUGGGACUGCAGGCGUGCGCCACCAUGCCCGACAAAUUUUUGUAUUUUUUAAGUAGAGACGGGGUUUCACCAUGUUGGCUAGGCUGGUCUCAAACGCCUGACCUCAAGUGAUCUGCCCGCUUUGGCUUCCCAAAGUGCUGGAAUUACAGCACUUGCUCAGCCUUUUUUUUUUAAAAUAGGGUUUUGCUCUGUUGCCCAGGCUGGAGCGUAGUGGCACGAUUUCAGCUCUCUGUAACCUCUGCUGCCAGGUUCCAGCAAUUCUUGUGUCUCAGCCUCCCGAGUAGCUGGGACUACAGGCGUGUGCUCCCGUGCCCAGCUAAUUUUGUAUUUUUAGUAGAGGCGGGGUUUCACCAUGUUGCCCAGGGUGGUCUGGAACUCCUGAGCUCAGGCAGUAUGCCUCUGCAUCCCAAAGUGCUAGGACUAUAGGCGUGAACCACCAUGCCCAGCCGUGAGUGAAGAUUUUUAAGAAUUUCAGUGACUAAACUUUAAGAAGGAAUGAAGCCCACGCAGGAACUCUGUAUGACUUUCAACCCAAGGGGCUCUGGCCUGGGCUUCCCAGUGACUGCCGGCGUCGGGACAUCCACUGCUGUGGCCUUGGCCCCGUUUCCUGUGCUGUGCCCCCCACUUGCUGCAGAUGCCCUGAGGAAAGGGUGGCCAAACAAGGGGAGGAGCUGUGAGCACAGAUGGGGCCUGCCGGUCAACAGGGCGGGUAGAGCCAGCCUGGUGCUGAGCUUGCAGCUUGGCUGGGGGAGACGCCUAGAGCCCCAGUACCACACAGACCCUCCAGGACUGCCGGGGGUCAGUGAGCAGGACCCUCUGAGGUGUCAGACCUGCCCCAUAUGUGAGGGGAGGGCAGUACAGGUGGGACGCAUGCAGGCUGAGCUGCAUUGGGCGGUGAGGCUGGGAGGUUGCAGUGAGCUAAGAUUGUGCUACUGCACCCCAGCCUGUGUGACAGAGUGAAACUGUGUCUCAAAAAAAAGUUUUAAGUGAUUUUUGUUAAUAUUACUCUAGUUUGCCAAAGUGAAGUCCAGUUUCUUUUCACAGAGCUGUAAAUACUCAGAUAAUUAGUCAAUUCAGACAGAAUGAACAAACAAUGCUCAUAAUCCUUCCCAUCCAGGGAAAACCCCGUCAAAACCAAGGUGUUUGUCUUUGUAAAUUAAUCUGACUUUGAAGAGAUGGUUUUGCUUGGAUUUCUACCUAUAAGUCAAAAAGUCUAGGGUUUGUAUUAAGAGCUUCUGUAUAAGAGGUCUAAAAAUUUCAGCUUUACUGAAAUUGAAGCAAAAUAAACAAAAUAUGAUCUAACAAAAUGAAGAGCCAAAAGUCUGAAGUGCUCCCUUCCCUGGCCAGUACCAGAUGAUGACCUGCUCUGGGAGAGGCCGGGCCUGGCCGGGCCGCACGCUCUCUGUUCUUUGGCUCCUGAUGUUGGGUAGGCAGGACUGUUUGAAGGAGGCAGCGUUUGCAUGCAGAGACACGGGGGCUGAAGUGGCCAGGGCUGAUUGAGAAGAAAACUCGACCUAAAUAUUUGAAAUCAUGUAUUGGAGCUAAACCGCGUACUAUGUGGUUCUGUUCUUUUCCUAACUUCGGAAUAAACUAUUAUUUCAGCUUCGAGUAGAGAGACAGAAACAAACCUGGACGAGUGUUCCUGGCCGCGGUCUCUGCAGUCUGGGUUUCCCAGUCUCCAGGAGAUGCUGGUGCUUCAGGCCACCUUGCCACCAGUGGAGGAGCUCCCAGUGCGCCUGGCCUGUUGGCACCAUGGUGCUGGACCCACCUCUGGGGUGGUUGUGAGGGGCAGGCUCUCAAUACAGUACUGACUGCUGCCUGAAACUGGGUUUACUGCCUUGCUGUGGUCUGAGAGGCAGCUGAUCUGGCAGCCCCGUUCUUAGGCCCUGGGCACUACCCCUGGGUGCAUGUAGGAGGCCUCAGCUGUGCAUUUGAAUUCUGUGUAGAUGAGGAUGAAGCUUCUUAUUUUUUAUUUUAUGUUUAGAGACAGGGUCUUGUUCUGUUGCCCAUGUUGGAGUGCAGUGGCGUGAUCAUGGCUUACCGUAGCCUCAAACUCUUGGACUCAAGCGAUCUUCCCGCCUCAGCCUCCUCCCAGCCUCAGCUGGGAAUACAGGCACGAGCCACUGUGCCUGGCCCAUGGUGAAGCUUCUUGAUGUGCAGCCGUGGGCGGGGAUGCUGAGUCUAGUUGGUUAUGGUGUGCACUAACCAAUGGCUCUGGUGUAGGACCCACCUAGAGCAUCUGAGGAUGUUAUGCUUCAGGCCAGCCAGUCACACUGGAAGGGAGAUGUGACCCCAUCUGAGCAGCGUUUUAGAGAUUUUAGAGAAAGAGGAUCUUCCUUAUUCCCUGUGGACAGAACAGAAUCUGCCUUCAGGGACGGACUGCUUUUAUAAUUCUAGUGGUUUAAAAAAUUAAAAUUUCAAGUAAAAAAGAUAGUUCUUUUUUUUUUUUCCCCUUUUUUUUGAGGUGGAGUCUUGCUUUGUUGCCCAGGCUGGAGUGCAGUGCGGUGAUCUUGGCUCACUGCAACCUCCGCCUCCUGGGUUCAAGUGAUUCUCCUACCUCAGCCUCCCGAGUAGCUAGGAUUACAGGCACCUGCCACCACACCCGGCCGAUUUUUGUAUUUUUAGUAGAGACGGGGUUUCACCAUAUUGGCCAGGCUGGUCUCGAACUGCUGACCUCAGGUGAUCCACCCGCCUCGAACUCCCAAAGUGCUGGGAUUACAGGCGUGAGCCACUGCGCCAGGCUAAAAGAGAUAGUUUUAAGGUUAUAAUCUGUUCUUUUGUAAGUUUGAUAUACUAUGAUUAAAUAAUAACAGCGGUAAAUAAACACUUUGAAAAACAGGCAGGGCUGGGUGUGUGGCUCACACCUGUAAUGCCAGCACUUUGGGAGGCCGAGGUGGGUAGAUCACAAGGUCAGGAGUUUGAUACCAGCCUGGCUAACAUGGUGAAAACCCAUCUGUACUAAAAAUGUAAAAAUUAGCCAGGCAUGGUGGUGCGCGCCUGUAAUCCCAGCUAUUCAGGAGGCUGAGGCAGGAGAAUCUCCUGAACAGAGUCCUGCUCUUCUGCUCAGAUGGGUGCAGUGGCAUGGUUAUGGCUCACUACAGCCUCGACCUCCUGGGCUCAAGCGACUCCCCCACCUCAGCCUCCUGAGUAGCUGGGACCACAGGCAUGUGCCACCAUGCCCUGCUAAUGUUUUUAUUUUUUGGUGAGAUGGGGUCAAGCAAUCUGCCUGCCUCGGCCUCCCAAAGUGCUGAGAUUACAGGCGUGAGCCACCAUGCCUGGCCUUACAUUGAUUUAUUGUUAUUUUUUCUUUUCUGUUCUUCUUUUUUUCCCUGAGAUGAAGCCUUGCUCUGUUGCCCAGGCUGGAGUGCAAUGGCAUAAUCUCGGCUCACUGCAGCCUCCACCUCCCAGGUUCAAGCGAUCCUCGUUCCUCAGCCUCCCGAGUAGCUGGGACUACAGGUUAAAUAGGAUUGCGAAUCAGGUGGCCAUUCAGCGGAAGAAGCAGUUUGUGGAGCGAGCCCACAGCUACUGGCUGCUCAAGCGGCUGUCCAGGAACGGUGCCCCCCUGCUGCGGCGGCUGCAGUCCAGCCUGCAGUCUCAGCGAAGCUCACAGCAGAGAGAAAAUGAUGAGGAGAUGAAGGCUGCCAAAGAGAAGCUGAAGUACUGGCAGCGGCUGCGGCACGACCUGGAGCGCGCUCGCCUGCUGAUCGAGCUGCUGCGCAAGCGGGAGAAGCUCAAGCGUGAGCAGGUGAAGGUGGAGCAGGUCGCCAUGGAGCUGCGGCUGACCCCGCUGACGGUGCUGCUGCGCUCAGUGCUGGACCAGCUGCAGGACAAAGACCCCGCCAGGAUAUUUGCGCAGCCCGUGAGUCUGAAGGAGGUACCAGAUUAUUUGGAUCACAUUAAACAUCCCAUGGACUUUGCCACAAUGAGGAAACGGUUAGAAGCUCAAGGGUAUAAAAACCUCCAUGAGUUUGAGGAGGAUUUUGAUCUCAUUAUAGAUAACUGCAUGAAGUACAAUGCCAGGGACACCGUGUUCUAUAGAGCCGCGGUGAGGCUGCGCGAUCAGGGAGGUGUUGUUCUGAGGCAGGCCCGGCGCGAGGUGGACAGCAUCGGCUUGGAAGAGGCCUCGGGGAUGCACCUGCCUGAGCGGCCUGCUGCGGCACCGCGGCGGCCUUUCUCCUGGGAAGACGUGGACAGGUUGCUGGACCCCGCCAACAGAGCCCACCUGGGCCUGGAGGAGCAGCUGAGAGAGCUGCUGGACAUGCUCGACCUCACCUGCGCUAUGAAGUCCAGCGGCUCCCGGAGCAAGCGGGCAAAGCUGCUCAAAAAGGAAAUUGCCCUUCUCCGAAACAAGCUGAGCCAGCAGCACAGCCAGCCCCCGCCCACGGGGCCAGGCUUGGAAGGCUUCGAAGAGGACGGAGCUGCGCUGGGGCCGGAGGCGGGUGAGGAAGGAGAUAAAUCUCCCCCUAAACUUGAACCAUCAGAUGCAUUACCUCUUCCUUCAAACUCGGAGACUAAUUCAGAACCACCAACCCUCAAACCAGUAGAACUCAACCCAGAGCAGAGUAAACUUUUCAAAAGAGUCACAUUUGAUAAUGAAUCACAUAGCGCUUGCACUCAGAGCGCACUGGUAAGCGGACGCCCUCCAGAGCCCACCCGCGCCAGUAGUGGCGAUGUGCCGGCGGCGGCGGCCUCCGCGGUGGCGGAGCCAGCAAGCGAUGUAAACAGACGCACUUCUGUUCUCUUCUGCAAAUCGAAAAGUGUAAGCCCCCCAAAGUCUGCCAAGAACACUGAAACCCAGCCAACUUCUCCUCAGCUAGGGACCAAAACCUUUUUGUCUGUAGUCCUUCCGAGGUUGGAGACUCUUCUGCAGCCAAGGAAAAGGUCGCGGAGCACAUGCGGAGACUCUGAGGUGGAGGAGGAGUCCCCAGGAAAGCGCCUGGACGCAGGUCUCACCAACGGCUUUGGGGGUGCGAGGAGCGAGCAGGAGCCGGGCGGCGGCCUGGGGAGGAAGGCCACACCCCGACGACGCUGUGCCUCCGAGUCCAGCAUCUCCUCCAGCAACAGCCCGCUCUGCGACUCGAGCUUUAAUGCGCCCAAAUGUGGGCGGGGCAAACCGGCUCUUGUGCGACGGCACACGCUGGAGGACCGCAGUGAGCUGAUCUCCUGCAUCGAGAAUGGGAACUACGCCAAGGCGGCCAGGAUCGCAGCCGAAGUCGGCCAGAGCAGCAUGUGGAUCUCCACUGAUGCCGCCGCCUCGGUGCUGGAGCCCCUGAAGGUGGUGUGGGCCAAGUGCAGCGGCUACCCCUCCUACCCGGCACUGAUCAUUGACCCCAAGAUGCCCCGUGUGCCUGGCCACCACAACGGCGUCACCAUCCCGGCCCCACCCCUGGAUGUGCUGAAGAUUGGGGAGCACAUGCAGACCAAGUCCGAUGAGAAGCUGUUCCUUGUUCUCUUUUUUGAUAAUAAGAGAAGUUGGCAGUGGCUUCCUAAGUCCAAAAUGGUUCCCCUUGGUAUUGACGAAACUAUAGACAAGUUAAAGAUGAUGGAAGGGAGGAAUUCCAGCAUCCGGAAGGCCGUGCGGAUCGCUUUUGACCGCGCCAUGAACCACCUGAGCCGCGUCCACGGGGAGCCGACCAGCGACCUCAGUGACAUUGACUGACGGCCCGGCCGCCAGCGCGGGUCUUGUCCAUAGUGUUGAUAAGCUGUACAUGUUUGUAUAUUGUUCAAAACUUAACUUAUUCUGAUUUUUAGUUGUAGCUCUUUAAUUCUUUUUCCCCGGGGAGGGGGGAGGUUUUAUUUCCAAGUUUUCUAGGAACCCAUCUCCGUCUGGGCGCUGUGAGUGGGGUGGGCACGUCCGGGCAGCCCAGUGCGUCUGUCGCACGUCCCCGGGCCGUGCUGCUGGCGUCACUUUCUUUGAUAUGUAGCUUUUUCUUAAAGACUUUUGAAUGUUUAAUAAUUUUGUAAAUCAUGCUCUUUACACAGAGUACCACUUAUUUAAUAAGACGGGAUGUACAUUUACAAUGACAAAUGUGUAUUUUAAGAAAGAAAAUGACAUUAUUUUGAAUGGUACUUUGUGGAAAGAGGGGAGAAUAAAGUUAUGCUGUGUACAUCACUUGCAGAUCACCAAAAACACUCCGCUGCCCGUGACCGCCGGUGGGUGUGUCCCCGCUCCCGUCGUCCCGCCCACCUCAAACCCCGCAGGUGUGCCUCCCAGCGGAUUAUUUAUUGUAGAAAGUGUAUUCAUUUGCUUUAUAAUGAAAAAUACAUUUGCAAAGGUAUAUUGAUAUGCAUUUUUAUACAGGCACAUAAAAAUUCAACUUGGCUUGGGAGCAGAAUGCAUUGCAUUGUAUAAAUGACUCUGGCCUGUGUGUACUUUGAUUUUAUAACUUGUAAUCUUUUGUUUACAAUGAGGGGCUUUCUGUAACUUGUUUUAAUUUAGAACACUUUGGUAGCAAUAGAAACUUUGGAUACAUUUUUGUAUGGUACCUGUGAUGUAUAUAGAAUUAGUACUUUAUUUUUAUUUUUAAGAGGUAAAGCAUUAUGUUGGGGAAAGUAGGGUGGGUUUCCAAAUUUGCAUUUUUUAUAUUAAAAAUAAAGUCAAGAUUUGGA